AUGUUUGCAACAAUGCUGAAGCUAUUCGCAAUUAUAGCAACCCUUUCAGGCCACAUCAGCGGCGUGACAGUGACAGUUCCCCAGAGCAUGGUGAACGUCACUGUUGGUGGAAAUGCCACUCUUCUCUGCACAUACACAACAACUGAGUCUCUGGAGUCAUUUUUCAUUCAGUGGAGUUUUUACAGUGCCAAAGAGAAACAACCUCUAACACAUUCCCCGUGCCGCAAUAUUCAGAGUAUGGAUGAAAAGUCAGUCAAUCAUUGUCAAAAGACGGUGUAUGUGACAGAUGCACGGGGGAGAUGUAGCUGGAAACACCAGAUCUAUUAUUUUCAGAAUGGACAGGCUUAUGAGUAUGGAGAGUUCAAGAACAGAAUAAACGGGACAACAAACCUAGGAAAUGCAUCAAUAACAAUUUCCAACAUGCAACCCUCAGACACCGGGUUUUAUACCUGCGAAGUUUUCAGCCCAAAAGAUUCAACUGGACAGAACCAGAAAUCAGUGGCUGUCAGUGUACUGGUCAAACCUUCACAGCCUCACUGUAGCUUACGGGGAACCCCUGAGACAGGCCACUUUGUCUCUCUCUCCUGCUAUUCUGAAGAAGGGAUGCCUGCACCUACAUACCAGUGGUAUAAAGUAUCAGAGGGGACCCACAAACCCAUGACAGAACAAUUCAAUACAAAAACUGGGCUUUUGAUUAUUGGUAAUCUCACCACCUUUGAAGCUGGAUACUACCGGUGCACAGCUAGUAACAGCCUUGGAAACAGCAGCUGUGAAGUUGACUUGACUGCAGCACAUUCGGAAGGUGGUCUCAUUGCUGGAGCAUUAAUUGGAGCAAUUCUGGGAGCAGUUGUUAUCUGCAUUAUUGUCUGGUUUUUAACCAAGAGGGAGAAGAAAAAGGAGAGAAAGGAGAAAGCAGCAAAUAGUGAAAUGCAACCAAUGACUCAGAAACAACAGGCAAAUGUGGAAUAUGCUAAUAUACCCACCCAAGAAAAUGAGUCUGUUGCCACAGCUACACCAAGCAGAGAAGCUAAUGCAGCCAAUGAAUACUCUACUGCUGCGGAAACUGCUGCCUCUGGAAUGCCUGAAAACAAUGAGAUGCAAGGAGUGGAGACACAAACAAGAGCCUAA